AUUGUUUUUCAAACAUAACAACGUCGGUGACGACCAGAAAUCGAAGGGAUACUUUUUAAGCUCCGCCUAUCAGGUCCAGUGAGGGGUUCCCAGGGGUUGUUGACCACCACUCCCCAACGCCAAAAAACGUUUUACUCCCCGACUUUUUUAAUUCCAAUCACAUCACACAUAAAACAAAAUUAAAAAUACUUUUUUUUUUAAAUUUUAAUGGCUCAUUUUGAAAUUUUUUGCUACCAUCGUAGGUAUCGAUACAGAAAAUAUAUUUGCGGUUGAUACCUUCCCAAGAGAUUUUUCUCAUGGUCAUCUCGACACAUUGAACGAAAAACAAAAAAAAAAUUUCCCCAUACCUUUCGGGAUCUGGUAUUGUAUAGUUGGAAGGAUAAAAAUAUAUUUUGCACGCAACAUGGUGCAUUUUUCCCUUACCAUGACGGUUACCUUUUGUUUCUUUACGAUCGACCACGGAUGGCGCCAUUAAAAAAAGAAUCAAGACCUUCCAUUUUGUUUUUCUUUUUUAAAGAAAUUUCGCGUCAUCACGACGAUUCACGGUAGACAGAGAAAACCACGUUUUUUUUCGCCAGAUGCGUAACUCCCGGAGGCCAUGUAAAAAAAAAAAGGAAUUCUCACGUUUUGUUAACGUGCGGAUAUAUAUUUAGUGAUGGGCGAUUUGUAGGGGUGUUUCUCCCGCCGCUAGGGGGCAUUGACGUCUGCUAUUGAAAAACAGAAAAAAUUCUUCCCGAUUUUUUCCUUAUUUCGCACAGGGCUCAGCGCCAUCAAGCGGGACUAGAAAAAUUUUUCUUUUCUCUCUCUCAUUCUCCCUGUUUUCGGUAAUCCAGGGGGCGCUGUUACACCACACACACACACGCAUUUUAUAUGUGUGUUUACCCCAUAGGCCCAAAGUUGCUCUCUCUGCCUCUCCUUGGGGGAGGAGUGUGUGUAGGGGCGAAAAAGUGUGUGUAAGGGGGAGGAGAGAGACUCGUGUGGUGCCUUUCCACCAGUGCGUUUUCAUACACGUCGGGGCGCAGUGCGUGCUAAAAUUCUUUUCCGACCGAAGGGAAAAGAACUUAUAUAUUCCGAGUCAAUGUGAAAUUUAAAAAAAAUAAUAUUAUUAUUAAGUUUCCCCCCUUCCCUCGUGUAUGUGUGUGUGUGUGUGUCAGUGUUUGUGUGUGUUUGUGACAUUGCCACACCGAAAUAAAGGAACGUUGUGAGUGGAGUUUUGGAAGGUGGAUCGAGCAGAACGCCGGAAGAGGAAGAAGAAGAGGAAAACGAUUAUUACCAGCAUCGGAGACGGUUGCAUCUGCUGGACAAGAAGAAUCUGUCGAGUGGCCGGCGGAGUAGUAGCAGCAGCACUGUCGAGCAGCAGCGGAAUUGUUAUCCAACCGGCCAGGAGAAGAACCAAACAGCCGCCGAGGAGGAGUCGACCAACAGGACUACUCCUGGCGGGCAGGCCGGCAGUAGUAGUAGGCGGAAUCCUCCACCACCAGCAGCACCAGCAGCCGUAACAAUUCCACCUGCCGCCACAAUGUCGACCAAGAGCAUGGGUGGCGUUGGUGUUGGCCGGUCCAGCAGCAACAACAACAACAACAAUCCGACGACUGGAUUGUCGGACGACAGCCAGCAGUAUUGCCUGCGCUGGAACAAUCACCGCUCGAAUUUGCUGACGGUUUUCGAGCAGCUGCUGCAGACGGAAGCCUUUACGGACGUGACGCUGGCCGUCGGCGGGACUUCGAUCAAGUGCCACAAGAUGGUGCUGGCCGCUUGCUCGUCCUACUUCCAGUCGCUGUUCCUGGAGAACGCCUGCCCGCACCCCAUCGUCGUCUUCAAGGACAUCCAGUACGCCGAGAUCCGGGCCAUCCUCGAGUACAUGUACCGCGGUGAGGUCAACGUCGCCCAGGAGCAGCUUCCGUCGCUCCUCAAAGUGGCCGAAGCCUUGCGAGUCAAGGGGCUCUUUGAGGACGACUCGCUCAAUGCUUCCGGCGGAGACCGAGAGCCGCUCUAUCCUCCACCGGCUUCUUCCGGCCUCUUGUCCAGCACGUCGGUCAACGUCACGGCAGGUGGCGGUGGUGUCCAUCACGCCGGACCCGGCAGUCACGGUAGCAGUUCAGCCUCUCCUCCUCAGUCUACCUCAAUCAACGCUCAUCCACCCAUCAUCCGAUCUACCUCAGGUCACCAUUUGCCCGUCUCUUCCUCGUCGAGCUCAGCCGCAGCCGCCGCUUCAUCCGCAGACCGGAAUACCCCGUCACAUCGUUACCCGGGCAACGCUGCCGCCGGCGCCGGAUCGGCCGAGAACCACCACAACCAUCACCAUCAUCACCACAGUCGCAACAAGAGUCCCAGCCCGACUAGCCCGCCGGAACGAUCCAGCAGCAGCAGCCACAUUCGAGGCGAUCCGGAAUCAUCCUAUUCGCGUCAUCCAUCGUCUUAUCUCUACAAAUCGCCGCUGCUGAGCCCACAGGGGAGCGAGCAAGGCGGAAGAGAUGAUCGCCGAGAUGGCGGCAGCAGCACUACCAACCGGGAUCGCGAGAGCGCCGGAAGCGCCGGAAAUAACAAUCCGCUGAGCAUGUGGCCGCCGCUGGUGAUGCCGCUCCAUUUGGGAGCCUUUGAAACGGCCCUGCGUGAGCGCGAGCAAGCGCUGGCCCUGUACGGAGCCAUCCAGCGCGGAAGCGGUGGAUCGAACGCUGGCGGAGACGAUCGUGAACCCUCUAGCGGCAACGGACGCGGCGGCAAUGACCAUCACUUUGACAGCCGCCACAACGACAAUGGCGGAGGAGCGUCGAAGCGCAAGCGUUUAUCGAUCGCAUCCGGCGACAGCGAUCAAACUCCGUCGCUACUCCGCACCGUUCUCGGCCCCCAUCACGGCUCGUCGAAACACCACCAUCACGCCGACAUACCGGGAUUGUUUCCCUUCCGUCUGAGCGCCGCUGCCGCAGCGGCUGCAGCCGCCGAAGGAUCGGGAUCGGCCGAUGAUCGCAAUCAUUUGAGCAGUUACCUUCCCAUGGCCAUGGCUUACGCCGAGAGACAAGCUGGCCGUGAUCGCGAUCGUGCCGAUGAUGAUUGGACACAGAAUCCUGACAUGAAUUCGGAAGACGAUCCCAGCGAAAUUAGCGGCGAAUAUGGGCACCCUGUUCCCUCAUCGCCCUUGUCAGAUAAACGAGUGGACGCCUCUGGUGCUCGAAUUGCGGCUUAUGUGCCGACCCAGAAACUGGAAUGGAAACGCUACAAGCAGUACACCAACAGCGACAUCACGGCGGCCAUUGAGGCCGUCAAGAGCGGAAUGAGCGCCUUGCAGGCCUCUAGGAAAUUCAAGGUGCCGUCGCGCACUCUGUACGACAAGGUGAAGAAGCUGGGCAUCGCCACGACGCGGCCCUACAGUCGAGUGUCGUCGUCGACUUCAUCGUCGGCGGCGGCGGCGGCCAACGCGGCCGCCAAUUCGGCAGCCGCCGCUGCCGCCGCAGCCGCCGCUCUCAACGCGGCCAAUCAAAAUAAUUUCGCCGCUUCGACGGCGGCGGCCCUGACGUCGGCCAUGGCGGCCGCCGCCAUGUCGCUGGUGAAACGCGAGCGCGGACCCGUCAUCCAGGUGGCCGGAAGCAGUCGUCACGAAGCGGCAGCCGCCGCGGCCAUUGUGGCGGCCGCCGCCAGCUCUGCGGGCAAUCAGGAUCGCGAGGAGGAUUUGCCGGAAUCGAAUUGCGGUCCGGCCGACUACAGCGAGGACAGCCGCCAGGAGAGUCCGGAGAAUUUGACGAUUGGCUCGUCGAAUCUCUCGACGUCAUCGCCCGGAUCUCACGGAUCGACGACGGCACCCACGCCGUCCUCUAACGGUAAGGACAUGAUCAAGAAGGAGACGCCGGAUUCGACUCCGACGCCACCGCCGGCCCCGCCAUCGCCUCCUCCGCGCCAGAGCAGCAAAUUCAGCGCCGGGGCUCGAGUGGGCGGCGCUUAUUUCGCCGUCCGUGACGAUCUCAACUCUACGACGACGACGACGUCGUCGAUCGCCGAAGUGGUGAUGGAUGAUCGCGGCGGAAGCGCCAGUCCUAACCCCAGUACCACGUGAAUGGAGAAAACUAAAAACUAAAAACGAAACAAAAUCAUUUUAUUUUUCUUAAAUGAUUUUGAUUACACACAGAAAUUAUUCACGCCAGAAUAAUUUUGGGCUAUAAUUGACGGAAGCCACAGAGAGAGAGAAAUACGAUUGGAUUGAACGGGUCUACAACCCCCCCCCCCUUAUUUUGUUUUCUACUCCCCACCCCAAUAUGAUCCAGUCCCGAUUCAAAAAGACAAAAAACUCAGGUUUCGUGUGUCUUGGUAACGCACGUCGUAUCAUCUUCUUCUUCUUUCACUACUUCUUUUCCCAUGUCUUUUUUUGUAUGGUUGUCUGAGAGUAACAGAAAACAAGAGUUUGAGUGUGUGCGUGUGUGUCAUUUGUGUGUGUGUGUGUGUGCAAAAGUGACACACAAUGAACUCCUCCCCCCCAUUUCCCUCACGACAACUCUACCUCAGCAAAAAACCAUUUUUUUUCCCUCUUUCAAGUAAUUACGUAACAAAUAAUUACAUUUCAUUGGCUUUCCGGCACACUGCCCGGUCAUUUAUAAGACUCCCGCCAUUGUUUCAAGUUUUUAUGAGCGGGAUCGUAGAAGUUUUUUUCUUAAUUUUCUACAUAAAUAGCUCCUCCCUUCUCCCUUUCUCUUGUGCUUGUUUUUCAUUAAUUUUCUUUUUUUUUUUUUGUGGAUGGCACCGGUGAUUCAUCCCCCAUACUACUCCCAACCCGUUGAUUUUUGCUACUACUACUACUGCUGAGACUACGAUGGGUGAUAGUAGUAGUAGUAGUAGACACAGACACAAAACCAGUGACUAAAUAGAAAAGACAAACGUCUAGGGAAACAUAAAAAACCAGUUACAACACAAUUUUUGUUUUUGUUUGUUUUCGUAAUUUCGCUUUUUUGAAUUUUUGGAACAACCCAAAACCCGGUUUUAAUUUUUUUUUGCGGAAUCGAAAACAAAAAUUGGCGGUUCUGACACUUCCGGAUGCUAAUAUAAGGUUUUUAAUUUACAGACUCGUUUAAACCCCCGUGAAUCAUAAUUUUUUUUUAGUGGAAAAGAGAAAAUAGUUAGUUAGUGUGUGUGCAAUACGAGGGAAAAAUUAACAGCGUUCUUUUUUUGAAUUAAUUGUCUUUUUUUUUCCUAGUGUGUAUGAGUGUUGAUUUCUUUAUUAACAUUUUUCUUUCCUCCCAUCCUUUUUAAUUUUAAAAAAGAAAUUUUUGUGAUUGGUAAAUGUUUCAUUUUUGGGCGUCAGGCUUGUUGUUUUUCUUCAAUUUUGUUUUGGAAAUUAUUUGUUUGCUGAUUGGCAAAAAAAAACGACUUUUGAUUGGAUUUUAAAAAAUAAUUGAUUUGGCGCGAAAAUUUCAAAAUGAUUGGAAAUUCAAUUCGGUCAAAAUUGUUUACACAUACACACACAAGGUAUCGGAUUGACUUCCGAUUUCGUUUGAAAGGCCCUCCCCCCUAAGAACGAAAAAGUAGAACGUUCUUUCUUUUAUAUUUAGUAAUAUUUUAGAUACAUUUUUUUUGGUUCUUUUCUUUCUGUGAGCGAUUUCAAAAUGAUUAAGAAAAAAGAAAACACAUUUUGAAAAAAACGAUUUGGGUAUUUUCUUUAUAUUUUUUUAUCUCGGAAUUCCACACACAAAACAAUCUUCGCCUUAAUGUGUUUUCUAUAAUGUUCAGAAUCUUUGUUUUUUUUUCUCUCUCUCUCUUCAAACUCUUCCGUGUGCGUGUCUCGUGUGCGUGUCAUUGUCCAGCGUGUCAAUACUUUUCUCCUUUUAAAAUUUUUUUUUAAACAAAAUUUUCUCGUGUCAGUGUUUCGGGAUUUUUCUAAUUUUUUUUUUAUUAUUAUUUUUUAACAUUAAAUUCUAUAUAUUAUACAUAAACGACCGUCAAUCAAAUCAUCUUGGGUGAUGAUUUAAGUUUUUUUCGAAAAGAAAGUAACAAUUUCCAAAGUAUUUGUUGGGUCUCUUUUUGUAUCGUUGCCGAGAAAGAAUUAACUUUUUUUUUUAAUUAUUAUUAUUUAAUUUGUUCAAUUUGAAAAUACCGCCAAUGACGUACACACUAACUACAAACACAACACCGAAUUUCCGGCCAAUCUCUUGGAAAAUUUUCUUUAAUUGAGUGGAUCUCGCUCAUUUGAAUAAUUUUAUUUUAUUUUUAACAUGGUGCCUUGUUAACCCCCCCCCUCUACACAAGUCAUUGACAGCAACCAGUUACCUCUCUUAUUGACUGUCAAUUCAUUGUUUAGAAACGAGAAAGAAAAUAAUCUUUUCAAAAUCUUUUUGGCACUCGUAAGACAUUUUUUUUCCAAUUUUCUAAAUUUCAAGAUGAUUCAAAUCAACACAGCUCAGGUGGCAUAAUAUAUAGAUUUCCCCGGACAACCGGCUACAGUCAAAUCACACAAAACUUUUGGGUCCAUUUCAUCAAAUUUAAAUUUAAAAAAAAAAGUAAAAAUUAAUUUUGAAAAGAAAACAUGUCAACUUUCUCUCUUAAUGUAAUUAUAAACAAUUUUGUUUUUGUUUUUUAAAACUUUCAAUUAAUAAUAUUGUCUUGAUUAUUAAUAAUAAUAAUCUUUUUUUGGAAUUGCGCGCUGGUGCGUAUGUUUGUUGUAAUUGCACUGCGGAUGAUUGACUCUGCUGUUGCUGCUCUAAUUUGACGCUCUGGGACAUUCAAAUCGAGACGAUGAACGGACGAAUUUAAUUAUUAAAUUCUGUUUUUAAAUAUUAAUUUUGUCGAAAGAAAAGAGGCAAUGUUAACGACUAUGGAAGCACCUCUUUGCUCAUGUCUACCUCAGGAAAUGAUUUUUUCCAAACUAUUGCUCCUCUCUUUUUUAAUUGUGCGCGCGCCUCUCAUUUUUCUUGAAAUUUCAGUUGUUUCACAAGUUUAUUUCAAAUCUCGCGCCAAAUCAAGACAUCGACACUUUCCCCACAUCAUUUCUGUCAAAAGUCCCGCCGUUUUGUUGACUAGCGCUGCCACCUGUGGGUAAGAUGGCGAACUGGUCAUUCAAAAAGACAAUUUAUUUUAUUUGAAUUCAUCAAAACCCAUCAUACUAUAAAGCAAAUCCAGUUAAUCAGUUCAACCUUUUUCUUUAAUUUCCCCCAUUUUUUUGACGUUUUUUUUUUAAACGAAAUUAAAUAAAAGUUGUACAAUUCAAACAAAACCAGCGCUAGACUCAGGGUAAACUUAAAAAAGAAAAAACAUCAACUGUCCGUCGAAACUUGAUAUACCUCCCAUCAAUUCUUGAAGUCAGGUAUAUUAGCAAACCAAUUAGUUUUGAUUUUAUUUUGUUUUAUUCAUUUUUUGAUCUUUUUAAAAAUACAGAUUUUAAUUACACAUAUUAUAAAACGUUGCGAUGAAGAUGGUCCAAGCAUGAUGUAGCACACAGUUCCUAUAUUAGCAGAUUUGUUUCUUCUUUGCCUUUUCUCUCUUAGACCGUUCAACCACACAGCAAAAUGAAAACCAUUCAUAUUAAUAAUUAAUCGCCGCCAUACAAUACAAACCCACUACCACAUAUUUUGAUAACAGUAAUAAUAUCUCCAUCCGAUAUCUCCGAAUCAAUCUACAAGUAUCUAUAAUAAUAAUAAUAAUAAUAACUUUUAUAUUUUUUAAGAAACAUACUAUAUAUUUGACAUAUAUUCAUAUAAGAACUAUCUCAGGUGCAAAACUCAAUCCAAUCUUUUUAUUCAUUAUUAUUUUGUUUUGAUCAUUUUUUUUCGAAUGACCCAUUUCACGCAGACGUUGAAAAUCCACCCCAUCCUAUUUAAUAAGUAAAACAAACAAAAAAUAAUCCCAUCGAAUUCAAAGCGCAAAUUUUUUCAUCCCCAACAAACCCCACAAUUAUUUCGGCAUCAAAACAAAAUGAAGACACACCCUCCCGCCCAAAUGAGAGACGAAGAAGAAGAAGAAAAAAUAAUUUGAUUCAUUUUGAUACGCGAGAAUGAAAGAGAAAAAAAAUACCCCAUAAAAUUCGUACAGAUCAGCAUUUGGUCGUUUCAGACUUGUUUAUACGUAAAGCAGACCAAUGAACUAUUUGUAAUGACAGAAUCAGAAGAAGUUAGAGAACACACACAAAAAAUACCCGAAAUACGCGACCCGUUGAAAAUAAAAUUCCUUCUCUCUUUUUUUCCCCCUUAAAAACUCCUUCCCUUUUUUCGUUGUGCAUGUGGCGAGUACGUCAAAAAUUAUACCUCUGAUUGUGUCGAGUUGUUGAUGAUGACAACCAAAAUUUGGAAAAAAAAACGAAAAGGUGUGUGUUUUCUUAUGAAUUUCUUUUUUUUUUUAGAUGACUGUGCUACCAUUAUUCACACAUGUUUCGUGUUCUCCCCCCCCCCCAAUUGGACACUCCCAUUUUGUUUGUUUUCUUCUUUUUCAAAAAAUUGUUUUUCAUUUGAAUUUUGAUUGGCUUGAAAAAAAAGGAAAAAAAUGUUUUUUUUUUGUUUUGUUUUCACAAAAUUUCCGACCCGGUUUCACUUAUUUCUCUUUAUUCUGAUUGCGUAACUAAAAAAAAACACAUUGGCGUUUAAAUCCCUCCCCGGUAAACAUGUCUCGGUUCGAAAUUUUUCAAUUUUUUUGGUUUUCCCCCCCUUUUAUUUUAUUAUUUUUUUGCCCAAUUUUUUCACCUAUUUGUUUGUUUAUUUUUUCCUCCAAAUUUCCGGUAGUUAAAAAAAAAAGAAAAAACAAAAGAAAAACAGACUAUGAAAAAAAUUGUCGCUCUUCAAUCGUCUCUCUUUCGCGUCUGCACCUCAUCAAAUUCUCGUUGGAUUUUUCAAUUCGUCUCUUUUGUUAUUUCGUCCUAUUUCCUUCAAUAUUUGUUUUCAUUUUUUUUUGUUUCUUGAUGCGAGAAUUAGAAAAAAACUUUGAAAAAAGAAAAAAAAAGUUUCGACGAAAAACAAACUUGAACGAAUAAAGUUUAAAAACAAAAACAAUUGAAUGAUUCAAAACUACAUGAAUUCGACUGUCGGAAUAUUUUUGCUGUUGAAAAUGUUGAUUGAAUUGUUGGCCAGUUGUUUUCUCCCCCCAAAUUUGUUCUGUUCGGUUUCGGUAGUCGAUACAUUUUUUAAAAUUUUUCAGACAAAAAAGUUUCUUGUUUUUAUUUUUCCCUCUUCAAAAAAUCCACUUUUUCUCUCUCCCUACCCCCCUAUACAAUUUGUAGUUGCUUGACUGUUGACGUAAAAAAAACAAACAAAAAUACACCCUUUUUGAUGUGAAA